AUGCGCUCCUUCUCAGUGGAAUGGUUUGCCUCAAAAGCAUGGGCGAAUCCACUGGAAACAUAUAAAAAACUUGCCGCGCUUUCAGGUUUCACGUCAUCCUUCCUGGUUUCAAAACGCAUCAGCUUCCCCGGCAAGAUCCAUAAGGAUGCCACAAAUUGCAUCGUGAGUUUCCCGGGGAAGUACGGCCAACAGUGGGAUGAUGCUGUCUUUCUUGUCAAGGAGAACAGCACUUGCUCCAUGGCUUGCGUUUUCCUGACAGAGAAGGAGUCCGGGUUGGGUGAGCAUGCGGACAAUCCCGAAGCGCCAGGCGAGUGCUGGUGCAAAGCCCUCUACGGCCAGGUGCCCGCGCAAGCGUAUCUCAGUGUACUUGACCACAGUCAAGAAGUGCUCUCCCCGGAAGAUGUGGCAACCCGGGAAGCUGAUGCUGCGGCAAUGGGGCAGAUCAUCGUCGUCAAGCACCAGCAGAUGAGUAUGUUUCAGUGGCACACCGAGUUUGCACAGGCGCGCAAAGACGCUGAGGAGCGCUGCGAAAAAAAUCUGGGUCGGUCGGGCGCCGUGGGGCUGCCGCUGGUUCGAAGAGUGGCGAAGGAACGUGGAGCAGGCAAUUCAAUGGGGGCAGACCCUUCACGUCUUCUACUUCGAAGGCAAAGUUGGUAUGGGCAAGCUCUCCUGGGAGCAGCUUUCUGA